GGCCGUGUUUCGUGUGCCGACUGCACCACCGACUUGCUGCUACUGCACCAACCACCGCUUCUAUUGCUAUUUCAUACACACACACACACACACCACCACCACCGCGAAGAGUAGAGUAGUUGCCUCCUUUUUCGAGGUCCCCGACCGGAUCGAUCCGCGACCAUACUUCCGGCUUCCGUUUGUUGUGACGCCAAGUGCAAUCCUAGGGAGAACCUUUAACCUCUUUACCACCCUUAUUUACACGUUUCUUCUUACUCUUUCUUUUACUCUGGAUACGCGUACGUCUACCAAGUGUAUAUUUGUAUAUGUGUAUGUGUGUGUGUGUGUGUUGACUACCAACGUUUUUAUACACCCCUCAACCCCACACCCCCUCACACCACGAUUCUUUAUCUUUCACGUAAUUCCACUACGCGCGAACUUCUUCUUCUACUCGUCUCGUUUUUAUGAACCUUUUUGUUAUUUCUUUUUUUUUUAUACAUUCCUUAAUUUUUUCCCUCUUCACUUGUUCAUAUCGAUUUAUUUUGAACGAUCUACUAAUACUCGGAUAGAUUAAUGUUAUUAAUAAUACAUGUGCGCGAGUCUCGUUAUGUGAUUUUCGAUCGGAACGAAAGUGGAACUUCGUCGAGAUACGCUCUGAUCGUCAGAGGAUUAACGACUCUGAAGAGAUGCAACGGUGUCCAUAUCUCCACGAGAUGAAAGAGCGUUUGCUCUCACAACCGACACCGACAGACAGUUUAGACAUGGAAAGACUCGACGGUGGUACUCCCGUAAAGGAGGCAAAUCUCCAUAACGAUUAUCCUGCACACACAAAUCCUGGUGUUAUACCUGAUCCACCGGAAAUGCCUCCGGAAUCGUUGAUCGGUACCGUUGUCAAGCUCAACUCAGAUGGUUACGGAUCUCACACAUCGCCGGCUCACGCGAGGCAACCCUUGGUCCCACAAAAUGCAAACAAUCAACCCCUUUGCCUCACCCCAACGCACACCGGACCUUCGAAUGGCAUGUUGCCAAAGAACGCCAAAACGUCGCUGUUCAUCAUCAUGAGCUUCAUCUACGCUAAAUUACUGGUCGUUGUGUGUAUCGCUUACGUUAUAAGCGAAGUUGUAACACACAAAUUACCGCUCUACUAUUACGAAGGAUUUUUCACGUAUCUUUAUGGUGCGAGCAUACUCUUCCUUCUCUACGUAUUCUGCUUCCUUCUACAAGAAAGCGCCUGCUGUGCGCGUGGCAGUGAUACACCGCCGCCACCACCUAGGCCACAAAAACCACCCAAGGAGCAGAAGGAUAAAAAGGAUAAAAAGGAUAAGGAACAAAAGGCUGCGAAAAACAAGAAAGAUUUUCAGGAUGCAGCAGACGUUGAAGCUGGCGUUGCAACGCGUGCUUUACGUAAACGAAAAACUUCGCAGAAUGAUCACAGUCAUGGAAGCUUUUUCCUACGAAUCGGUGCCAUAGCAUUCGGUUUGGGCACGAUGAUUUAUAACGGAUUGGAAUUCGGAGCAUUUUUCGAAGUACCACCGACCUCGCCCUGUUAUCAAAUACUUCAGGGUGUUAAUCCAGUUCUACAAAUGAUUUUCACGUUCAUGCAGAUGUACUUUAUCUUCAUGAAUUCCAGGUUGAACAUUCAUCGAUUCAAAGUAAUUGCACGAUUCGGUUUGAUGCACGUGGUCGCGACGAAUCUUUGCGUUUGGAUUCGUACAUUGGUACUCGAGAGUCUUAAAGAGAUAACGCAGUAUCAUCAACGAUUGGGUCAAGAGGAAGCUGGAAUUUUAGAGAGUAUCAAACAACAUUCGUUAAGAAACGCUGGAGCAAUCUUAGGCAUGCAGCCUAGGGACAUGGCCCAGUUACGAGAAUCCCCGUUGCAUUCGUUUGUAAAAACAACGUCGGUAGCUUCGACCUUGAUACCGACAACAGCAGAAUCCCUAACUCGAGCUAUAAGAACUACUGUCAAAGCAAUCCCAAGAGUAGCGCAUACUUUAUCUACAGCAGCUUCUACGGCUUUCAUGACAUCACCUAGUACAACGCAGAGUACAACCACCACCACUACCACCACUACGUUCUUGCCCAAUUUGACGACUACAGCUGCUACAACGUUAUCCACUUUGUUGACCACUCUAACUAUAAGGAGCACUACUACAGAAAGAACGACUACCCCGAGUACUACGACAUCGACUACAACACCGACUACCACCACUACGACUACAACAACGACCACAACCCCAGCUUCCAUUUUAUCAAACGCUUUCGGUGAUUUCUUUGAUUCCUUUCAAGCCGAUACUAAGGAUCAGGUACAUGAAGUAUUUUACGUGAGCAACGCGACUAACAGCAGUGAUUACUGGGGCCAGAAUCUUGGCUUUUAUGCGGAAGCUUUGACGGAGGAUGGUACGAUAACAAACUCAUGUGGUCGCGUCAACAUCAUGGGGACUAUCGUCCAAGACGCAGCACCCUACUUGUUCCCCUUCAUUAUCGAGUAUAGCCUGAUCGGCGCGGCUGUGAUAUACGUCAUGUGGAAACACAUCGGUAGACACCCACGUUGGCCUCAUCAAGCGGAAGCUGAUCUCGAGCGUCGUCUGGAAGUCAUGCUCUCGAGAAGGGCGGUCGCCCUAGCUCAUGCAGGACACGCCAGAGUGGACUGCGUCGGGGCAAGCAAGGGUCUAUUCUUUGGUCUGCUGUUACUGGUGGGUUCAUUGAUCUGUCUGAUACUCUUCUUCGUGCUGAUACACCACUCGGAGCUUGGACUAUUGGCGAUUUAUCUGGCGGACGUUUCUCAUUGCGUACUGAUGGCACUCUCGAUCGUCGCUAUAAUCGUCGGUUUCAUACGCGUCCAAAGUCUCAAAUUCAAGGCAGAAGAACAAAGCGAUUUGAACGACAUCCUAUUACGCGUAUCAGCAUUCGGAUUAUUCGUCUAUGCCGUAUUCAGCGUGAUCGCAGGCUCCCUGGCAGCGUUCACUCACGAACCAAAUCUUUUGGUUAUGGUGACCGGUCUACUAUCGGUCUCCCAGGUCGUUCUACAAAUGUUAUUCAUCGCCGAUGUAUCUCGUAGGCGGGUACAUUUACCCGAACACGAUCGAAGCAAACCAGGCCGUCAAGUGGUAACUUUCCUUCUCAUUUGCAACGUCACAAUGUGGGUCAUUUAUACAUUCGAGAUGCAAAAGGUCAUCGCUAAUCCCGUACAACUGGACUUCUAUGGAUUCCUCGCUUGGGCAAUCGUUCAGAGAGUUACCCUACCUCUCUGCAUCUUCCACAGGUUCCACAGUGCUGUUACGCUCGCCGAAAUUUGGAAGACCAGUUACAAGGCACGACUCGAAUAGGACAACGAGAAUUAUCACCUUGCUGGAUUCGUUUUACGAUUUCGGUUAGAGAAAGAAGAAAGAGAUAGAGCAAGAGAAUAUCUGGAAAUGUAUUGGUAAAUGGACGGAGGGAAAGAAAGAGAGAGAGAGAGAGAGAUAGAGAGAAAGAGAAAGAGAGAGAGGAAGAGAAAGAGAGAAAUAACUCUCACUCUUUCUCCCUUUUUCUCUUUUUCAAAACGGGAACGAUGGAUUAUCCUUCGAUCGAAAUUAUCCCUAAACCUAUCGAAGCUAAGCUUCAAGAUAAGAAUGCGUACCUUUGUGACUCGAAUUAAGGCUCGUUCCGAUUGGAACUCUUACUUUUCUCUUCUUCUUCUUCUUCUUUUUUUUUUUUUUUGUCUAUUACUUCUUUGUACUCUCCCUUACUUUGAACGUAGUUCAUCUAUGGAAGAAGGAACUUCCUCGAUCGAGUAUGUAACAACGAAUAUGAAAAUAUUUCUAUUCGAAGACGAUUGGAAAGGAAAUAACACACAUAUACACAUAUACACACACACAAAAUAACAAAAGUGUGGAUAUGGAUGGAAAAAGAUGGCAAGUUUGAAACGUUCGCAUAGAUUUUUUAACAAUAUUUUUGUUCUUUUCUUCCGAAGAGCGAAGGAAUAUGAAAAAAGGGAACAAAAAAUGAUUAAUAAGAUCACGGCGAAAAUGAAUGCCGAAUUGAAUAUGAAGACAACAAUUUAAUGAAAAUAAAUAAUUCCCUGUUUAAUCGCGUUUCUCACUUUUAACGAUCUCUACAUACUGCCGCCAAAUUUUUCUACUUUUAUAUAUAUUAUAUAUGUACCUUCGUCAUUCAGCACCAAUGCCACUGAUACCACCACUACCAUUGCCACUACUACUACUACUACUACUACUACUAUUAGUACUACUAUUAUUACCACUACCACCAAUCAAAGCCCGUCAUGCAUCGAGAUUAUAGAGAAAACAUGAUAAUAUAAAUAUAAUAUAUAUAAUUAUUAUACACACACACACACACACACACACACACACAAACAAAUAUAUAACUUUUAAUCUCGCGAUUUACAAUAUCGUUCAUAAUUAUCCAGUCAAAAUCGAAGCCGCUCUGUGAUAUGAAAAUGACCUCGUUUUAAAUAUUUUUUUUUUUUAUUUCUUUGUAUAGGGUAUACAAAAUUUGAUUGUUCAGAGGCGUAUUUAAUUAAAACACACUCGUUACAAAAAUAAAUGAAUCUUUCGAAAAUAUUCGAAACGAUGCUCGGACUUUGUGAAAAUUACGAGGAAAAAGAAUCUCAUUAGGUGAAAUUUGUUGUAAGUAGUUAAGCGGAGAGGUGGGUGGGAGGUAAACACACUCGAUGCAGGAAUAGGGUCAUUUAAUGUUGCAUUAUGUUUGAAAAAAUGAAUCUUUUUGAGAGAAACAAAGGGCAAAAGAAGAAAGUAAAUAUAAUAAAUACGGUCGCAGGAUAUUUUCAGAGUCGUAAAGAACAAUUUUCUUUUUUUUAUUGUUAGAGUCGGACGUUUUUACGUAAAAAGCUAAUUGCCGGCUAAAAGAUUUCUCUUCUUUAUUUUUAUAUUUAUAAUAUUUAUUUAUUUAUUUAUUUAUUUAUUUCUUUUUUUUUUUUUUUGAUGUAUUCAAGUAAUUACGAGAAGGUAUUUUCUUAAAUGGCUCAUAAUAUAAAUACAAUGAACAAAUAAUGCAAGAAUAAAGCCAAAAAAAAAUAGCUGAUGACGAUUCGUUGCGUGCCGCGGAGUACAAACGACAAAUUAUUUUUAAGAAUUCGUUUUAGAAUCUUUUAUCGAAGAGAAAGAGAGAGAGAGAGAGAGAGAGAGAGA